UAAAAAUAACGUGACGUCACGCUAAUGAGUGUACCUGUUCCUGAAUGUACUCUGCUCAAUAUUUGGGCGAUCUUUCUUUCUUUCUCAAAUAGUACUUGUAACAAUGACACGUUUUACUUGGAACUGCAAAGAAUGGCUUGAAAAAUGCUUUUUUUUGAAUAAUGGCUUACCUGAUUUUUUCAUUAAUGGAAACUAUUCCUCACAAAAUCAAGAAGUAGCGUAUACAGAAUAUAGGCAGUGUGUCGAAGAAGCCAAAUUGUCGAAUAAUGAACAAUACAGAGAGUGGUCAGAAAUGAUCAUAAAAAACAAUUUCAGUGUAAGCCAUUGCAUAUAUUAAGAUCUAUCACAAAAAAGAAAACACUGUUAUUGAAUAUGAUUGCAAUGCUCAUGGCAUAAAAGUUGUUUUUGAUUUUUUAAGAUAGAUACUGAUAUUUUUGUUUAGGUCUUAAACAACAUUGAUGUAAA